AUGUCCUUUCACACAGAUGCCUUGAGGAACCAAGGGGAGUUGUCUCUGAAAACCAUCUUUCUAUUACAAGUGGGGACUGGUGCUCUCGCCAAUGCCAUUCUCUUCUUCCAUAACAUCUCUCCACUCUUGCUUGGACACAAGAAGAAAACCAAAGACAUCAUUGUCACCCACAUGGCUGUGGCCAAUCUCUUGGUUCUUUUCUCCUCUGGGACUAUCCACACAAUGGCUACUUCUGUUCUGAGGAAGCCCCUGUCCAGCCUUGGGUGUAAGUUUGUAUACUAUAUACAGAGAGUGGCUCGCAGCAGCAGCCUGUGCUCCACCUGUGUCCUGAGCACCUAUCAGCUUGUCACUCUCAUCCCCAGGACAGUGAACUGGAUGAUGCUCAGAGGAAGAACCCCUAAAUUCACUGGUCUUUCCUGUUGCACCUGCUGGAUAUUCAGUAUCUUAAUGAAUAUCUACAUUCCUGUGAUGGUCACUGCUCCAAAUAGCCUAGGGAAUGAUUCUGACACCCAAGGGAAAUGGUUCUGUUCAGUCUCAAGUCUCAGUGAAGUCACUGUCAUCCUGUGGUCAUUUCCUGAUGCCAUGUUUAUUGGCCUCAUGGUCUGGUCCAGUGGCUCCAUGGUGCUUCUCCUGCUGAGACACCACCAGAGAGUGCAGUACAUUCACACCCCCACUGGAUUCCACAGAUGCCCCCCGGAGACCAGAGCCGCCCACACCAUCCUGCUGCUGGUGGUCACCUUUGUCAUCUUCUACAUGAUGAAUUCUGUUUUUACUUUUUAUAUCACUGUCUUUUCUGAUUUUCAUCUAUGGUUGCUGCAGACGUCUAAUGUCUUGGUUUCCAUAUUUCCCACUGUUUCCCCCUUCCUGCUGCUCCUUAGGAAUCCUAGAACACCCAGAAUCUGCUCUUGA